AUGUCAACUACAGGUAUGACGGACCCAGAGAAAAAGGAACCAAAGAUCCUGGAAUCUGAUACUUUUUUUGAUGACGAUUCUCAAUUGUAUCACGUGAAUGAUAUUGCUUUACACGAGAAAAUGGUUUUAAUCAACAGAGCCAUUGAUGAAAUUGGUUUUACUCCUUACCACAUUAAAUUAUUCUUCCUUAAUGGUAUGGGUUAUUGGACUGAUACCCAGUUGACUUAUUUGGAAAGUAAUGUUCGUACAUUUAUCAACUAUCAAUUUGGAUAUACUUAUCCUAUUAGUAAUGAAAUGUUGGCCGCUGGCUUGUUAAUUGGUGCUAUUUUCUGGGGAUUUUCAGCUGAUUUGAUAGGUAGAAGAGUUGCCUUCAACUUGUCUUUAUUGUUGAGUUCUAUUUUUACUAUCUUGACUGGAGUUAUGAAUAAUAUGGCUUCAUAUUGUAUUUUUGUGUUUUUGAGUUGUUUUGCAGCAGGUGGUAAUUUGGUUCUUGACACUUGCGUUUUUCUUGAAUAUUUACCUCAUAAAAACCAAUGGUUGUUGACUUUUUUUGCAUUUUUUUGGGGGAUUGGUCAAAUUGUCGCAGUUGCAUUGGCUUAUGCAUUUUUACCAAACAAUAGUUGUGAGUCAGCUGAGUAUUGUCCUUCUCAUAUUAACCGUGGAUGGAGAUAUGUAUACUACACCAAUGGUAGCAUAGUGUUGGCCAUGUCCAUUUUACGGUUGACAAUUAUUAGGUUGAAAGAAACUCCCAAAUUUUUGAUAUCUAAUAAUCGUGAUGCUGAAGCUGUCCAAGUAUUGCAAGAGAUUGCCACCAAAUACAACCGACCAUGUUCAUUGACAUUAGAACAAUUAGAAGCAUGUGGAGAAAUUCAAAUCAAUGAUGAUUUCAGAAAACAUAUUGAUGUUAAAGGUACUGCUCAAUUAAUUUAUCACCAUGUGCAAAUUUUAUUUUCCAAUAAAACAAUGGCUAGAUCGACUUCAUUGGUAUUUUUAAGUUGGCUAUUAUUAGGUAUUUCCUAUCCAUUAUAUUCUUCAUUCCUACCUGUUUAUCUUGCAACUAGAGGAGCAAAUAUUUCUGCGCCUGAUGUUAAUGGUGUUUACAGAGACAAUUUGAUUUCCAAUACUGUUUCAAUUGCUGGACCGUUGAUAGCCGGGGCUUUGUUGUAUUUUUUUCCCAUUAUAGGUAGAAGAGGCGUGUUAUUCAUUGGAGGUGUUAUGUCUAUGGCAUUUCUUUUCGGAUAUACUCAAAUCAAAAGUAGAGCACAAAAUGUUGCCUUGUCGUCAAUUUCAUUUGCGAGUAUGUAUAUUUAUUAUGCAGUGUUGUAUGCAUAUACUCCUGAAGUAUUUCCAUCUGCAGCACGAGCCACCGGAAAUGCAAUAGCUAUUGCUUGUACAAGAGUUAUGACUUGUAUAGUUCCUGUGAUUGCAUAUUUUUCCGAUACUUCAUCUUCUGUACCUAUUUGGAUUUGUGGAGCUUUUGUUGGAGUUCUUGGAUGUAUUGCCUUGUUCAUGCCUUAUGAACCAAGUAAGCAUAGAGUUGUUUAG